AUGCUCAUUGGAAUCUGCGGAGGCAUCUGCUCCGGCAAGAAGACAGUGGCUCAGUACCUCGUCGAGCACCACGGCUUCAAGCGGCUCCAUCUCACGGGACCCGGCCAGGGGUCGUCCCGCUCUACGUCGGAGCUCGGGAACCCGGGCCCUUCGUCUCCUUCGCCGCCUCCCGCCGCCUUGGCCGGCGCCCUGACUACCGGCAGCGAUGGCUUGCAGUCGGUCUCGGACUCAUCACUGCCCCUGCGCCCGCAGCAGGAGCUGUCUGGGGGCAGAAGCGGCAACGGCAGCAGUCUCUGCUUUGCGACGGCCGAGGCGCUGCUCGAGUUUGUUACGACGCGCUGGCAGGCCCGCUUCGUGACGACCGACAUCCCCACCGAGGCCGCUCUCGACGUCCUGCUGCGCCGCCCCUUUUUCCUGCUGCUGUCCGUCGACGCGCCGCUGACAGUCCGGUGGCGGCGCUUCCAGCUCCGCUGCGGUGACUCAUCGGCGGCCAUCAGCCUCGAGGACUUUGUCGCGCGCAGCGACGCCCACCUGUACGACCCAGACGGCGGCCUACAGCCGCUCAUCUCGCGCGCGUCAGUACGGCUCCUCAACACGUCGUCGUCGCUGGCCCACCUCUACGCCACGCUUGGUAAGCUCGACAUUCCCAACCCGGAUCGCCUGCGCCCGGGCUGGGACACGUACUUUAUGGCGCUGGCGUCGCUGGCCGCCCAGCGGUCCAACUGCAUGAAGCGGCGGGUUGGGUGCGUCCUUGUCGGCCGGGAGCGGCGCGUCAUCAGCACGGGCUACAACGGCACGCCGCGGGGCAUCCGCAACUGCACCGACGGCGGCUGUCCGCGCUGCAACGCCGGCCACGGCUCGGGAGUCGGGCUGGCCACCUGCCUCUGCAUCCACGCCGAGGAGAACGCGCUGCUCGAGGCCGGGCGCGAGCGCAUCAGGGACGGCGCCGUUCUGUACUGCGACACAUGCCCGUGCCUGACGUGCAGCAUCAAGAUUUGCCAGGUGGGCAUCAGCGAGGUCGUCUAUGCCCAUGGCUACAGCAUGGACAAGGAGACGGCCGCCGUCUUUAGCCAGGCGGGCGUCAAGCUGCGGCAGUUUGUGCCGCCGCCCAAUGGUCUGAUUCAUCUGGAAAAGAUGGAGCUAUAUUGA